UCACUGUUACACCUUAUUGAUGAGUCAUCCGCAGCUGUCCUCUCUUCCUGCAGGUAAAUCUGCGGUCCUGCAGAGAGCCAUCGUUGCCGCAAUCAGAGCUCAGCUCUCUGUGCCCUGGCUGCCUCCAAACUGCAGACUGCCUCUGCACAGUCAGACACAAAGUCCAGGAGCAUUGCACAGCUUUCAUGUCCAGCCUCUGAGCUUAGCACACUGUUCUCCUGGGAAGAAGCCGCUGAAAGAGGUGAAGGACUACCAUCGAGACAUUCUUCCCCCUGUGACUGCACAGCCUUCCCAUCAUGCCUCAGUGGUGGCGUCCAUAUUGGAGCAGCAUACAGCAGAGCUCAGCGCUGCUCAGGAGUGGGACAGCGAGUGGAACAGUCAGGGCCUCCUGUCCCGCCUCAAACCACAGGCAAACCCUCACACUGAGUCACCUUAAAGUCCUUAUCUUACAUUAAAAACUGUUUUUGGCAGUUGAUUUCUGGGGGGUGUAUGCAACAGAUAGUC